AUUCUGGUCCUGGAAUUUACCCUGAUAUACUAGGACUAGGGUGCAACCUUGCUACGCAUAUUCAUCACUCUGAUCAGAUAAAAAUACACUAGGGGUGCAGCCUCGCUACGCAUGUUCAUCAUUGCACUCUGAUCAAUAAUCUGAUCAAUAAUGCUGGGCGGAGCUAUAACGAUUGUAGGUAUGAUCGAAAUGUCACUGUAAGAACCAUUGUCUAGCUUAAGAACAGAACGCUUGAAAAAGGGCCUUCUGAGCUGUAGAAUGGAGCUCAAGUGUCCUCCGUAUAAUCACCAACACGUCCUCCAACUUUGAAGUCAAACCGUUACAGUCUGCUGCAGCCAGAGCCACUAGUUCCUAGUUCGAUUGUGUCCAACGUUGUUGUCGUUGUCUUUUUUCCUCCAAAAUCUCAAUGUGACACGAUUAGAGCCUCGCUUCGCUUGAAAUAAUUAUAAUUAUAAUAAGAGUCCAUAAUAAAAAGAGAGAGAGAGCGAAACAUCUUUGAAUUAAGUAAUGUGACUCUUCCUGCUUGGUAUUACUGACCAAUCCAAGCACCUGGAGCCGCCACUUACCUCGAGGCAGCAAUAAUGUUUCUGCCCAAAUUGUCAUUAUUGAGCACGCGUUUCAGACAGGAAGUCACGCUACUUUCCAAAGCACAGUAUUUAUGCAUUCAAUAGUUUCUCUGUUUCAUUACAGACUCUAGAUAAUGAUUGCCUAAUGUACUUUCAGUAGUGGAAUGAAGCGGGUAGUGGGAUGAAGCAGCUAGAAUUGUUGGUAAAUCUAUAGAGUAAACCACUGGUCAUCGAACAAAUGCUAUUUUCAAACGCUUGUUCUCGAGGACAAGCGGCUCAGACUCAGAGCACUAAGCUGAUAGUACCUAGGUAUAGACUAGGUAAGGCUCUAUUCAAGUCUGAACUCACGGCCAACAAAAAGCUUCCUCAACUUUUGGAACAGAUUUAGUUUGAACAUCGCGACGAUUCUUCGAACUCUCUCUCUCUCGUAUCAACAGAAGGCUCUAAACUGCUAGCUACAUGUACAAUGCAUGACCGUAAUCUACAACUAGUAAACUAUGUACAGCUCUGGUUUAAGGUCUGACUGCAAACCGUUAGACAAUGGUGGCCUCUUGAAAAAGUGCAGUAUUGCCAUCAAAAUCCGAACGAUUACUUUCAGAAUUAAAAUAUGACUAGAGAAGCCUAUAGAAACUCUUACUGGCACUUCAUUGAUCCUAGAGCAGCUGUAGCAGUCUACACAGACAAACACGCACACAAAACACACUAUCGUAUACCUAGCUUACGCAUGCGCACGAGGGUUAACUACUAAGUGGAGUAGCAACACUCCAUGGACAAGUUUUGCUACGCACGCUUCUUAAAAGGCUUCAAUGACAUUCCAAAUAUAACUAAGCAAAACUACAAGAACAAAGCAUUAAAAAAACGUUACUAGAAUGCCUAUGGAAACUCUUACUUGCAAUUCAUUAAUCCUUGAGCAGCUGUAGCAAUCCACACACAGACACACCGUAUUCCUCGUCUGCGCAUGCGCACCGAGGCAUAAUAACAUACAGCCCCAGGCAGGCAUGCACAGUUUUCAAGGUGUUUUUCAAGUUAAGCAAACAGAAAGGAACCAUGUUUGACGAUACUAAGACUCUGAAGUGACGGCAGAAACACGGAAGCUGCUCUCCAACAAGAUGUCCAUGGGCGUGGUUUAGAUAUAUUUUAUCCAAGAAGAGCUUGCAACUGCAGCAAGGGACGUCAAAUGCACAACACUUGGACCAAGAAAGCUCCUGAGCAAACUAUUGAAGCAGUGAUCACCUCUGAUUGUGCACACCUACCAGACAAUGUACCAUCAGCUCAACAGGGGCUCACCAUGGGCACUGAACGACUUGCAGUCCCCAAAGAAGAAAUUCCAACACGCACGUGUUUCCGAACAACUGAUCCAUCUGAGAGAAUUGAUAUUGUUUUGGAAUCAGAAGGACUUACGGGAGUUGAACCGACCACUUUUGGUCAAAUAUUCAAAAAUACUGUUGCCAAGAUUCCUGACCAUGCUGCACUCAGGUACAAAGAUAGUCAAGAAUGGAAGGUUAUCACGUACUCAGAGUACUAUGGUAUGGUCAUUAAGGCAGCCAAGUCUUUUCUGAAGCUUGGGCUGGAACCAUUUCAUGGAGUCUCAAUCAUCGGCUACAACAGUCCGAAAUGGCUUAUUGCCGAUUUAGGAUCGAUGUUGGCAGGGGGAUUACCAACUGGAAUCUACACCACAAACAACCCUGAGGCCUGUCAAUAUGUUGCUCACAAUUGCAAAGCCAAUAUCAUAGUGGUUGAGAACCAGAAGCAGUUGGACAAGAUACUGCAGGUUCGAGAUCAGCUGCCGCAUUUGAAGGCAAUUGUCCAAUACACUGGGAAACUGAGCCAGGAAUAUGAGAACACGUAUGAUUGGGAGCAGUUCAUGGAGCUGGGGAAAGACAUUGAGAAUAGUGUCAUCAACGACAAGAUGGCUGCAAUGAAGCCUAAUCAGUGUGCCCUGCUCAUCUACACAUCUGGUACCACAGGAAAGCCUAAGGGGGUGAUGCUUAGCCAUGACAAUAUAACCUGGACCAGUCAGUGCCUGGUCAAUACCUACUCAACCACUGUUUUUGGAGAGGAGCACUUGCUUAGUUACUUGCCAUUAAGUCAUGCAGCUGCACAGAUGUCUGACAUUUACAUGGCUAUCACGAUUGGGGCUACAGUCAAUUUUGCAAAGCCAGAUGCUCUGAAGGGUGCUUUGGUGACAUACCUUCAAGAAUCUCAGCCUACAGUUUUUUUUGGAGUCCCACGUGUGUACGAGAAGAUCAUGGAGAGGAUGCAAGAGAGAAUGGCUGAGCUCAAGGGAAUUAAGAAGCGGAUUCGAAAAUGGUCUAUGAAAAAGGGUCUCAAGGGAAAUCUGCGGAGGCAGAACAGUGAGCCACUGCCCAGAGGAUGGGGCAUUGCAGAUAAACUGUUUUUCAAGAAAUUAAGGGAAGCGUUGGGAUUCCAGAGACUCAAGCUUUUGAUAGUUGGAUCUGCCCCUCUCCGUCGUGAGGUGCAUGAAUUCUUCAUGUCAGUGGAUAUGCCUCUUAUGGAACUCUAUGGAAUGAGUGAGAGCAGUGGUCCUCAAAGCACCAAUGUGAUGAGUGAGGGCAGAUGGAGAGUUGGCAGUGUUGGUGCGGUUAUGAAGGACGUUAAGCUUAAGAUUGACAAACCUAACCUGACUGGAGAUGGCGAGAUUUGCUACUAUGGUCGACAUGUGUUCAUGGGUUACCUAAACAACGAAGAAAAGACCAAGGAGGCCAUUGAUGAUGAGGGCUGGUUACACUCCGGUGACAUUGGCAGGAUUGAUGAGAGUGGCUUCCUCUAUAUCACUGGGAGAAUCAAAGAGUUGCUGAUCACAUCUGGUGGGGAGAAUAUCCCUCCGGUCAUGAUUGAGAGCGCCAUUAAAUCUGAGUUGCCAUUUGUUAACAAUGUAAUGGUUGUAGGGGACCACAGGAAGUACCUCACUUGCCUCAUCACUCUUUUGAGCGAGGUUGACAUUGACUCUGGAGAGCCUCUGGACACACUGUCAUCUGUCUGCAUUCAGCACUUAGAAGAUUUGGGCUCGAGCUGCACCACAGUGUCUGAAGUGAUCACCACAAAGGACAAGAUCGUUUUUGAUGCUAUUAAUGAAGGAGUGGAGAAGGCCAAUAGACAAGCUACCUCCAAUGCCCAAACUGUCAAAAAGUGGCGCCUUUUAGUGCAGGACUUUUCUAUACCUGGAGGAGAACUUGGUCCCACUCUGAAGGUUCGUCGCCAGAAGGUCGUUGAGAAGCAUGCUCAGAUGAUAGAAGAUAUGUAUUCGGAAGAACAGUGAAGACUACAUGUAUAAUGAUUUAUAUCUAAUGUGUGUAUUUGUGUGUAUUUGUGUGAUGCAUAAUUUAGUAUGUAUAUAUACAACAGCUUUUAUAUGUAAAAGAAAAAACA